AUGAUCCUCGCAGCCUUCCAUGCCUACUACGUCUUCCCGAUUGAAGAGAAUGUGGGCGAAACCGCCCAUUGGCUGGACAACUACGUGUUCAACACCUUCUUGAAGGUCUUCCGCCUCACUGUUCUCGGAGAUUUCGAUCUGGCCGAGUUGGACGCCCGGCUGAACGCGACCAAUUCGAAGAUCAUCGGCAGCGUGGAUGUUGAUUCCUCCGACUGGACGGACCAAUACCACAGGGCGGCGCCCUGCUGUCCUCGUCGGUGUGUCGCCCUGCUGUCCUCGUCGGUGCGAUACCAAUUCGUCAUCAUCAGCAUGGUGAUCACUGUGGUUGUGAUGAAUGUGUAUCUCAGGAGCUGA